AUGGUUUUUCGUCGACCUCGUGUUAAUGUCAAACCUAAUGUACAAGCAACACGUCCAGUUAGUACUAUUGUACGACCAUCGGAAACAUCAGUUGAAUCAAUAUCAACUCCACCACAAGAAGAACAAUCUACACAACAGAUUGAUCCUCCCAUAGCACCAGCUGUUAUUGAAGAACUCAUACCAAAAGUUGAAGAUACAAAUGAAAUAUCACAACAACCAUCUUCACCUGUUUCUCUUCCUAUUGUUCCACCAGCUACAUCUACUUCUAUACCAACUCCUUCAUCACCUCUACCUCCAUCAUCACCUCCGCCUCCUUCAUCACCACCAACAUCUUCUCUUCCGCCUCUUACUCCAGUACCAACAGCAAGACCAUUCUUUAGAAGAAAAGUAAUACCACAUAUCACUGGUAAAGCAGUUAUUCAUCAUCGCCGACCAUCCGCUAGUUGUUCUGGUACAGAAAGUGAAAGUGAAUCAUCGCGUCAAAAACGUACAACAGCAUCAUCGAUAACAUGUGAACGUAUAAAUCCAACGAUUGCUAAACCAAUCGUUGCAAAUGAAACACAAUUCAAUUCAAUGUCAGAUCUUUCAAUAAAUGGUGAUAUAUCAACUCCAACAAAAGCCGAAGUAACAAUAACAGAAACAUUCGAAGUACAUACACCCCUUAUUGAUCAUAAUCAUAUACAAUUAACAUCUCGAACAAGUACAAAAAUUAGUCGUGAAUAUCUUACUCAACAUAUUAAUUAUCGAGCACAACGACUUGCUGCAAAAAUUGAACCUGAAAUGAAAAUACGAAAACGUCGUGCAGCAACACUUGAAAAACUUGAUGAAACUGGUAUUAAUAAAGGCGCAUCUUUUGAUCCAUCAAAAUUAAAAAUAGCCGACUUUGCUCAUUAUAAUCCUCGAGAUAAUCCAAUGGAAAUUAAAAUCAAAACAACACAAACAGAUACGACCAAUGAUCCUGUUCGUAAACAGAGUAUAUCAAGUACUGAUGGACAAAAUACUAUGUCAGGACCACAAUUAAAAAUUGAUGCUAAUGGUGCAUUAGUUAUUGAUGAAGAAAGCUUAUAUAUACGAAAUAUAGAUGAUACACCAAGAAAUACAAUUAUUGUCGAAGGACAAUUUAAUGAUGAUAAUUUAACACAUCAAAGUUAUAGAAAAAUUGGUCGAAGAAAACGUUGGAAUAAUCGAGAUACAUUACGUUUCUAUCAAGCAUUACGUAUGUGUGGAACUGAUUUUACAUUAAUUGCACGUGUUUUUCCAAAUCGUGAUCGAGAUGAUAUAAAAAGAAAAUUUAAAACGGAAGAUAGAGCAAAUAGAAGUUUAGUUGAUUCAGCUCUUAAACAACGUAUACCAUUUGAUCUCACAUGUUUUUAUUCACCAUCAGAAGAAUCAUCGGUAAAUGAAAAUGGCAGUGAUAUGGAUGAUGGAACACCAAAACCAACACGAAAACGACGAAUGGUUAAACGUAAACAAAAACAACCAACAUCGUCUGAUCCACUUGAAAUCAAUCGACGUCGGGAGAAACGGUUACAAGCAAAAAAGAACAUUAUACGUAUUAAGAAAAGUGCAGAAUUUAUUAAUGAUGAUGAUGAAGAUGAUAGUUCAAUGGAUGUUGCUGAUACAGUUGAAGUUAUAACAACAACAAUUGAAUCAAAACUUGAACAAAUUAUUCCAGCCACUCAAAAUGAAGAAAAUACUAUAGACAGUUCUAUAACAAAUAUAGAUGAAUUAGGAAAUCUUCUUGGUCGAAUUGAUGAAGGUCAUUUAUUAUUUGUUCAUAACACAGAUGAAACAGGUCUCGAUCGAAUUGAUGUUCAUGUUGUUAUGCCAAAUACAAUUGAGAAUAACAUUGAACAAACUAUAUUUGAUUGA